AUGGGUUGGCCUUACGAGUUCCUCACCCGCCUCACCCAUCAGGAGGCCCUGCUGCGCCGCCAGUCUAUCGACCUCUAUGCCUGCAUCGCCCAUUACUCGGCCCUCGUCCCGGCCGUCGUUUUCCUGCUGUACCGCAUCCUGCAACGUGUCGUGAAACACGAACGCGCCAGGCAUGGCUCGGCCUCGAGUGACCAAGGCCGCUAUACCGCCGUCCCUGGAUCCCCCACCGCCAAAGCAGGCCAGCAUGGCUUGCUGGGACAGACGGCCCGCCGAAUGGGAAUGGCUGCAUGGUGGCUUCGAGAUGACGUCGUCCUCGCUGGUUGUCACUGGGGCCAGCGAGACGAGUGGCUUCUCGGUGCUCUCUGGACCGGCUGGCUACUGGUCUUGGCCAUCAGCGGAACGGGAAAAGACUACUUCCAUCUCACCAAGCGAUUCGGCGCCAUUGCCGUCUCCCAGCUUCCGAUCCAGAAUUUGCUAGGCCUCAAGGCCCUGAAUCCCUUUGCUUGGAUCUUCAGGUCCUCCCACGAGCACGUCAAUCGCUAUCACAGAGUCCUCGGACGCAUCAUUUACGGCUUCCUGCUGACCCACCUGCUGCUGUACAAUGCCUACUUCAUCGCAGCCGGUGUUUGGCCCAGACGCCUCCUCAACCCCGUCGUCUUUUUCGGCUUGCUCGCCUCGUUCGGCUUCCACGGCAUGACGGCCACCGCGGUGCGUGCUGUCAGGCAGUACUCGUACCGGCUGUUCUUCAUCACGCACUUGAUUGUGGCUCUGUCGGUGCCCAUCCUGCUCUUCUUACACGCCUCCUCUACCAGGCUGUACGUUGUCGAGGCCAUGGUCGUCUUCGCCAUCGAUGUGGCCGUUCGCCGCAUCACCGCCAUGUAUGCACCGUCAGUGCUGGAGACGGUGCCUGGAACGAGCCUUGUCAAGGUCACUUGCUCGAUCCCGGCCCACAGGUUGGCUUCGUUCCGCACCUCUCCCGGAUCCCACGUUUACCUGAGCAUCCCGCCGUCGUCCCGAACUAUGGCUGUCCCCUCGUCCAAGUCCCGCGUCUUUGACUUUCUGUUCAACCCCUUCACCGUGGCUGCGGUCGAUGAUGAUGAAGGAACCAUUAGCCUGAUUUCUCGUACGAGAAACGGUCCCAUGACCAGUGCCUUGUCCGACCUGUCUUCUGCCAUGUCGCUGGCACCCACCGCCCCCGCAGCGGAAUCCCGCAAGAUCGCCUUGUGCAUUGACGGCCCCUACGGCACCAUGACCUCCCGCUUCAAGGACCUGCUCCUCUGGGGACCAAGCAGGGUCCUUCUUGUGGCCGGAGGGGUCGGCGCCACCUUCAUCGUGCCGACUUAUCAAGCGUUGCAAAACGACUAUCCCGCUGCCAAGACCCAGCUCGUGUGGUCCAUCCGCGGCGCCGGAGACGCCACCUGGGCUGUAUCGAACAGCGCCUCCGGAAAAGGCCUCCUCGACGACCCCGACGUCCAUAUUUUUCUGACUGGUGACAUGGGUGUCGACGAUGACAACGACAACGCGGCUGGUGGUGGUGGUGGUGGUGGUGUUGGUGCGGUGGAAAUGUUCGAGCUGCGCCGGGUCAACAACAACGGCCGCCUCUCCGCUCAUCACAACCGAAGACGACCCAAUAUCCAGAAGCUGGUGGAUGACGUGUUUCGCCACGGGCAGGCCGAAUCAGUAGCCGUGCUCGUCUGCGGGCCCGAGGAGAUGGUGCGGGAAGUCCGGCUGAGAGUGAGGCCGUGGGUCAUGAGGGGACGAAGUGUCUGGUGGCACAGCGAGGCGUUUGGUUGGUAA